AUGAACAACGACGGGCCAGACGUCUCCGCUCAAUCGGAGCAGACUGCUCAAGCCUCCGAUGGCCUCGCAUGUAAUUGCUGUCGCAAACGUCAAGAUUGUGUCUAUGAAACGAAGCGCGGUAGACCUGGUAUGAAAGCCGGGGCGAUUGACAACGUACACAAAAGGCUUGAUGCGUUGGAACGAACUAUCACAAAACAGCAAACAUUACUAGAAAAUCUGAGCACUAAAGAAGCAUCGAGUAAUGCGGACUCUCAGGAGACCAUCGAUGGUAAAAGCCUGUUGCUUUCUCUUGCGCGAGAGAUAUGCAAAAUCAGCAACAAGCCCAGUCCCACAGCAGAUCGAACGAAUGAUGAACCUAUAGCAAAACGUCGUCGUACGAAUAGCAAUACGGACAGUCGUACAUCUCGGUAUACUUCUAACCAACCGUUGUUACCAGACGAUAUCGCUCUUGAUCAUAUCUUGGACGCCUACUUCCGUCAGGUACAUCCAUGGAUACCAAUGAUACAUGAGGGUCGAUUUAGAAGACACCUCCGAGAGUAUGGUGAUGAAACGAACUUGCUUCCACUCUUGCAGGCUAUCGUUCUGAUAUCCUAUCGUCAUGUUUCUCGGAAGGAUAUUGCUGAGAACGUACACCGUAUGCUAGGCGGCCAGGACAUGAGAGAUUGGAUAGUUGCCAAAGCCACCAAAAACUUAUCAAUGGAGAACCUGCAAGCUCUUAUCAUCGUGUGCUUUCACGACAUCGGCGAUGGUCAAGAGUCUCAAGCAUGGCCACUCAUAGGUGCACUGACUAGAAUGGUUGAGUAUCUACAAAUCACUGUCGAAUGUGAAGAAGCGGAUCGAUCAUCAUUCUCCAGGCCAUUUACUUCUCUCCCUCCUCCACAAGGAUGGACUGAAGCUGAAGAAAGACGAAGAGUCUUUUGGUGUGUUUUCAAUCUGGAUCGCUUUUGUUCAGUCACAACAGCUUGGAACACAAGCCUCACUUCAGAUGAUGUCAACCGACGACUGCCUUGUGAUGGAAUUACCUGGAGAAAAGAAGACCCUGUUUCGACCCCAUACUUUGGCAUUUGGGAUAAGUCAGCUGGUCGAAUCGGAAAUCCUAUUGCUUUUCUUCCCUCACUUUCCGCAGCUGCGCCAGCUACAGACGAUGAUAUCAUCACGCCAUCUGAAGCGACCACAUCUCCUGGGGCAGUGACUAAUGUUGACAUGUCCACCGUUGGAGCGUUUGCCUAUUGCAUUGAAGCUACCGAAUCCAUGAGUCGAGUUACGAGCUAUUUCCUCCAGCAGAAAGUCAACAUCAAGGACCAUAAAGAUCUAAGCAGCUGGAUUACUAGAUUCAAAGAGCUUGAUGUCCGGUUGGUACACUGGAAGAUGUUGCUCCCUCGGAAAUGGAAGGUCAAUAUUGCUCAACAGUCUUCAUCCAGAAUGGAUCCUAAUCUUACUCUGGCGCAUGUAACACACAAUACAUCCAUGAUUUUGCUGCAUCAGCCCAUCGCCUUUCCUCCUCCAGAUUGGACCUUCAAAACGAGACUUCCCAGCUUCUGCAGCCUCGAUACAUGUCAAGCUGCAGCCAUUGAGAUUGCAACUAUAACGGAUCACUAUAUUCGGAUUGCUGCCACAGGUCCUUUGAGCAAUCAGUUUGCUUUCUGUGUUUAUCUUGCUGCUAGGGUUCUGCUUUUGCACUGGAGAUAUUGCGCAACCGCUCUGUCAGCUGAGUUCUGGCUUUUGAUGCAGAAUCUAGAGCUGAUGGCCAAGCGGUGGGCAGGACCACAUCAGCUUGGUCCGGGAGAAAACUUUGCUUCUAAAUACCAGUCUACUCUCACCGACCUACAUGGCAGAUGCAUUCAGGAUGAAUCUUUUGUUAUCAAUCCUUCUGCCUAUACGACUGAAGUGAAGCCAAAGACAGACCAGCAUGGAAUGAGCCAGAAUUGUUUCAGUGCCAGUGGCUCAAGUCAACCCCAAGCCCCGGAUGUCAACCAACAAAACUCUGAGGCGCAAUACAUACAACCAAAUGCACCAGGUAACCCUUAUUUCACCGGCAUUGCCACGAAUAUGGUAGAUAGUCAAAUUACACCAAGAAGUCGUAGUGUAGGAAGCGGCGAUUUGGGUGUGAUUUCUCAAAUGCUUCUUGAUGCGGAGUUUCUAGACAUGGACCGUGUAAUAAGUUUCGAUGAUGGCAUAUUUGGUACGGAGCAGGAGGGAGGAUGUUUCUAA